CCUGAAGUACAUUUGUGUCUUCACCACGAAAUCAUUAUCGUAUUUCAGGAGAAAGCUGUUGCUAAUAUGCCGAAGAGGAAGAGAUCAAGAUCACCAAACAUUCUGUCUAGCACCGAAGAAAUUAAAAGAGCUUGCAUUGAAUUAGCCACUGUAAAUGGAGGCCCAUUAUCCAUCAUCGAUGACAGUGGCUUUCAAAGGCUUUUGAGUCCUCUUCUGAGAGCUGUUAAUGCUCAAAAAUGUGCCAAAAUAUCUUCAGCCACGAUUCAAGAAAGAAUUGAAGCGGAAGUAGAAGGAAUACGCGCUUCGAUACGUAACGAUCUGAUAGGAAAAUUGAUCAGCCUAAAAGUGGAUGCUGCAACACUGUUCAAUCGAAGAUUCCUCUGUAUUAGCGGCCACUAUUUUGAUGCUGGAAUGAUUCAGGUGCGGACUCUUGGGAUCAUUGAAAUGACUCAUAAAUAUACGGCUGAACAUUUUAAAGCAGAGAUCGAGAAGAUGCUCAAGAAGAAUCUCUUUAUAGGAGACAAGCUCGAAUGAUUCUCGACAAGGAGAGUAAUGAGAAAGAACAAAUCUACGGUGAAAUUAUGGAUGUUAAUGAGGGACAUUUAGACGGGAAAAAAGUGGAUAUCGAUGAAUGGAAUUUUUCCUGCAGUUUAUCCAAUGACAAAGCUGUUAUCUCGAAUAUUCAGUGUGUAACUUCUUUUCUCCAGCUAGCAGUGGAUGAUGCGCUCAGGAGUUUCAAUAGUAGAACGAAUACUCUAACUAUAGCUCGAAAAGCUAUUGAAGCUCUGGGUACAUCGAAUGUUAAGAAAUGAUUGUUGCUAUCUAAGCCAAAUGUACGGAAGCUGCGUCUCGAUGUUAAUACUCCUUGGUAUUCGACGGCAGAUAUGUUAGAGUCACUAAUGGAGAUGAAAGACUUCUGUCAAGAGUUCUCAUCAUUUGAUAAAAAUUUGAAUAUCACUAAUGGCGAAUGGUAAUGCAUAGAAAACUACGUGAAGUCAUUGAUGCCUGUGAAAAGAGCGAUGAUGCGAUUGCAAGAUGAACACUUCACGCUCGGUUCAUUUUAUGGCGUAUGUUUUGAAUGUAAUCUCGACACGGCAGACAUAUCCACAGAACUGGCUGAACAACUUUUUAAGGCGCUUAAGAAGAGAGAAUUACAGCUCAUGGAGAAUGAGUACCUCCUGGCUUCAGUGUAUUUAGAUCCUCGGUUCUCUCCGCCUCUGCCGAAAAAAUACCAUGCGGUUGCAAUUAAUAAAUUAGAAGCAUUAUGGAGGACACUGGAACAACAGCGAAAAAGCUCGAUCAAUCCUUAGUUGAAUCAAUUCUAUGAUCCAGGCAGAAAAGAUCUUGCAGUCAAACGAUUCCAUAGUUCUCGACUCCUGAACGCGUUGACCAGGGCAUUGGGUGUUCAGAGCACGAAAUCCCCACCUGCCUUAAAUAUACGAUGAUUAUUGCAAGAAUUUGGAGAAGCAGCUUCGUUUCUGGAUCCCAAUGACAACAUUUUACGUUUUUGGGAGGACCAAAAAUACGUAAUGCCCCAGCUCUAUCAAUUGGCUAAGAUCACCCAUGCAGUACCCGCGACUCGGGUAACUACUAAGCCUAUGUUCUCAGUGAUAAAUGUCAAUUUCACAGGUUCAGGAGCUGAUCUGCAGUCGAAAAAUUUGGAUAAUAUGAUGAUGAUUCGGUGCAAUCUUCAGAAUGUCAACAGAAUUAAAAAACUCGAUUGAUUCAACGAAAAGGAAUUAGUAAACCUCUAUCAAAGGAAAUCAGUAGAUUCAAGUGAAGAUAUGGAGUUCUUCGUGACUGCAGUUCAUUCAGCACAAAUGCAAUUAUUAUUCCUAUUUUCAGUAGACACGAUGAUAUUUCCGAGAAACAGAAAAAAUUAGAGGAUGAUUUUUCUCCCCAAAUGUAAAAGAGUGAUCACCAAUUAUG